AAUAGAGCGUUUGAGUUUCGACCGACUCCGGUUCAGCAAAAAGACAAUCGGAAAUUCGGAAGGUAUGAAAGCGAAAUUCCAAUUAUACCCUCACAGAUCUUCAAGCUCUUUCCAGCUGUAGAUCAGGCAAUUCUUCACGUUCUUUCUUCUCCUCCUUCCUAUAUACCAAAGCGCUCUCAUUUCCCCCCUUCCCAAUCGCCCAACGACGGCUCCGCCGCUCAUCGCCGCCGCAGUGACAAUGACGAAGCAACCCAUCUUCUUCUUCUUCUUCACUCUCUUCUCCGUCCUCUCCCUCGCCGCCGCCGAGAUCAAAACCCCCAGGAUCACUUCGGACUCCCGGGCGAUGAUUCUGUUCGAGCGGUUCGGGUUUACCCAUACGGGUCACGCCGCCAUCACCGUCUCGUCGGUUUCCGUCGUAUCCACCCUCUCCGCGCCCGACCCGUCUCGGCUAGGGUUCUUCCUUCUCUCCCAGGAGUCCCUGAUCCAGGUCCUUCUGGAGCUCCAGCAAAAUCCCUCGUUUUGCGUGCUCGAUUCCAAGUAUAUAAAUCUGCUCUUCACUUUCCGAGACCUAUCGCCGCCGCCUAACUCCUCCUACAGCCACUCCUACCCCAUCACCUUCCCCAAUGAGUACUCCCUUUUCUUCGCUAACUGUGUCCCCGAAUCCAAGGUCUCCAUGGACGUACGCACCGAGCUUUACAACCUCGAUGAUCAGGGCCGGGUCAAGGAUUACCUCUCCGCGGGCCUCACCCAGAUCCCUACUCUUUACUUCCUAUUCUCUGUAAUCUAUUUCGGAUUUCUGGGUUUCUGGGUUUACAUCUGCUGCACCAACAAGAACUCCGUCCACCGGAUCCAUCUCCUGAUGGCAGGGUUACUGGUGAUGAAGGCUUUGAAUCUGAUCUGCGCCGCGGAGGACAAACACUACGUGAAGGUGAGUGGGACAGCUCACGGUUGGGAUGUGUUGUUCUACAUUUUCCAGUUCAUCCGCGUGGUUCUCCUCUUCACUGUUAUCAUCUUGAUCGGCACUGGAUGGUCGUUUUUGAAGCCGUUCUUGCAGGAGAGGGAGAAGAAGCUCUUGAUGACUGUGAUCCCUCUUCAGGUAUUGGCUAAUGUGGCCUCUGUUGUGAUUGGAGAAACUGGACCGUUCAUUAAGGACUGGGUCACGUGGAAUCAGGUGUUUCUGAUAGUCGAUAUCAUCUGCUGCUGUGCAAUCAUCUUUCCUAUUGUGUGGUCGAUUAGGUCUUUGAGGGAAACAUCAAAGACCGACGGGAAGGCGGCGAGGAACUUGGCAAAAUUGACCCUUUUCAGGCAGUUCUACAUUGUGGUGAUUGGGUACCUCUAUUUCACAAGGAUUGUGGUUUUCGCCCUGAGGACCAUUGCUGCUUAUAAAUACCAGUGGGUGUCAAGUGCUGCUGAGGAGAUUGCGAAUCUUGCUUUCUACAUGACAAUGUUUUACAUGUUUAUGCCUGUGGAGAAGAAUCAGUACUUUGUUCUUGACGAAGAAGAUGAAGAGGCUGCAGAGAUGGCUCUUCGCGACGAGGAAUUCGAGCUCUGAACCAACGGAAUGGAUGGAUCCCAUUUUGCACCUAUCUGGCCCUCAACCUUUUCACUGUGAGUUUCUCUGUGAAGGUGGUGUCUAGAUUUCCUGGGUUGAGUUCCAUUUCUCGCUUUGUUCGCUUUUACCAUCCUUUUUUUGCCCUCUUAUUAUGGUAUUUUCGUUUUUUCUGAAUGUGAAACUGUGAAGUUCAGGAACUAUACUUGGAGUUUUCUAAACAAUGGCAUUUUUAUGUAAUUGAAUUGGAUAUGGAAAGCCUUAACUUUA